GUACCAGGUUCUCCUGAGGAGACAGCAGGUGGAUCUGAACAGCAGCCAAAGUUAGUACCCUGCUGAACCAGGGAGAGGAAGGAUAGUAACGAUCACACAGAAAGCAUUUUCAUUGAAAGAGUAUUUCUCCUUUGAUACUUCAAAAAUGAAAAUUGAUAUUCAUAGCCACAUUCUACCUAAGGAAUGGCCUGACCUAAAAAAGAGAUACGGAUAUGGCGGAUGGGUACAGCUGGAUCAUCACUGCAAGGGACAGGCAAAGAUGAUGAAGGAUGGAAAGGUUUUUAGAGUUAUUCAAGAGAACUGCUGGGAUCCAGAAGUACGGAUUAAAGAGAUGGAUCUAUCAGGAGUCACAGUCCAAGCCCUUUCCACAGUCCCUGUAAUGUUCAGCUACUGGGCCAAACCUCAGGAUACUUUAGAUCUAGCCCAGAUAUUAAAUAAUGACUUAGCUGCUACAGUAAAAAAGUACCCCAAGAGGUUUGUUGGCUUGGGUACGUUACCUAUGCAAGCUCCAGACCUGGCUGUGAAGGAAAUGCAUCGCUGCGUGAAGGAACUUGGAUUUCCUGGGGUACAAAUAGGAUCUCAUGUCAAUGAUUGGGACCUGAAUGCACCAGAACUGUAUGAUAUUUAUGCUGCUGCUGAAAAACUGAAUUGCUGUCUCUUUGUGCAUCCCUGGGACAUGCAGAUAGAUGGAAGGAUGUCCAAAUACUGGUUUCCCUGGCUAAUAGGUAUGCCAGCAGAAACGACCAUGGCCAUUUGUUCCAUGAUUAUGGGAGGAAUUUUUGAAAAAUUUCCUAGGCUGAAAGUUUGCUUUGCACACGGAGGUGGAGCUUUUCCAUACACAGUGGGGCGAAUCUCCCAUGGAUUCAACGUGCGCCCUGAUUUGUGUGCGGUGGAUAAUAAAGUGGAUCCAAGAAAAUACCUUGGUUCAUUUUACACAGACUCUCUAGUCCAUGAUUGUGGUGCACUAAGGCUGCUAACAAGUGUGAUAGGAGAGGACAAAGUUAUGCUGGGUACAGAUUACCCUUUUCCACUUGGGGAACUGGAACCUGGAAAAUUGAUUGAUUCAAUGGAAGAUUUUGACAAUAAACUAAAGGAUAAACUCAAGGCUGGCAAUGCCCUGGAAUUUUUGGGUCUUAGCAGAAAAAAAUUUGAAUAAUUAUGAAGACAUUGAAGAGACCAAACUUCAGAAAUAUGCUGAAUCCUUAGGGAUACUUCUAUUGGUGUCUGCAAUUAUAUUGAUGAAAAAUAAAUAUGACAAGUGUG